AUGGCUGCGCAUUUAGCGGCCACCGAGCCUGAGGCACCCGUGUGUGUUCAUUCUGGCCAGGAGGAGCCAGAAUCAGCUGCUCGUGCCAGAGCAGUCCCAAUUUACUCUACUUCGUCGUAUGUUUUCCGUGACUCAAAGCACGGAGCAGAUCUUUUUGGGCUCAGAGAGCCAGGGUACAUUUACUCCAGAUUGAUGAACCCUACCACAGACGUGUUUGAGAAGAGAAUCGCAGCUUUGGAAAACGGUUCUGCUGCCGUUGCCACAGCUUCUGGCCAGGCUGCCCAGUUCUUGGCUAUUGGAGCUUUGGCUCAUGCUGGAGACAAUAUUGUCUCCACCUCCUUCCUCUACGGAGGAACCUACAACCAAUUCAAGGUCACUUUCAAGAGACUGGGAAUUGAGGCCAGAUUCGCCGAGGGUGACUCUGUUGAAGGUUUCAGACACUUGGUGGACGACAAAACCAAGGCCAUCUACUUGGAGUCCAUUGGUAACCCAAAGUACAAUGUGCCCGACUUUAGAGAGAUCAUCGACUUUGCACACUCCAAGGGUAUUCCUGUGGUGGUUGACAACACUUUCGGAGCGGGAGGUUACUUCUGUAAGCCGCUCGAUCUCGGAGCCGACGUUGUUGUCCACUCUGCUACCAAAUGGAUUGGUGGCCACGGAAACACAAUUGGAGGAGUCGUCGUUUACAAAGACGUGACCAAAGAUAACGGUUUCAACUUCAAAGACUGGCCAGAGAAGUAUCCGCAGUUCUCCAAGCCUGCCGAGGGAUACCACGGAAUCAUUCUGAACGACGUCCUCGGCGACCUUGCCUACAUCCUGCACGUGAGAAUUGAGCUGCUUAGAGACUUUGGUCCAACUCUGAAUCCAUUUGGCUCGUUCCUGCUUUUGCAAGGACUCGAGACUUUGGCACUCAGAGGAGAAAGACACGCAUCCAACACCUUGAAGCUGGCCAAGUACCUUGAGAAGUCUCCACACGUUUCGUGGGUCUCUUAUCCGGGAUUGGAGUCUCACGAAUACCACGAGAACGCAAAGAAAUAUCUCAUCAACGGAUUCGGAGCUGUGCUCUCCUUUGGUGUGAAGCCAGUCGACAACCCUUCGAACGACCAAUUCAAGGAGAGCGGUCCUCGGUUUGUCGACAACCUCAAACUGUUCUCUAACUUGGCCAAUGUUGGAGACUCCAAGUCUUUGAUCAUCAACCCAUGGACCACUACUCACGAACAGCUUUCUGAUGAGGAGAAGAAGGCCUCGGGAGUCACUCCGGAUCUUCUCAGAGUCAGUGUUGACGAUAAUUUAAAUUUCUUAGAUUUAAUGUGUUUGGUGAAGGAGGAUAUAAUUCUUCCGCGCCGUGACGUUCGUUUGCAAACUCCCGCGAAGAUCAACGAGCUUCGAGAUGCUAUUAGCUCUACGCAUCUGAUGAAUUCGGCCAACAACUUGCACGAGUUAAUUGAUGCUUUAUUUACCAUUGUCAACGAUACUCAUUCAGAGAAGAGCGCCAAAACGGUCAAAGAACUGCUCCAAUUGGCCAAGGGACUACAGAUCUACGAGGGAGUUCCUUGGAAACAGUAUAAAGGGCCCAAAUCAGUUACUUGGACCGCCUAUGACGAGAUUAUCGUCGCAUCGAUAAGUCUCUCGCAGGUGUACCAUAUACUUACAUUGGAGGCCCUUGAAGAGAGCUACAACAAGGAAACUAUCACCGAUGAUGCCUGGAAACGGUCUUCGAAUUUGCUCAAGAGCGCGUUCGGAUUGGCCAAUGAGUUGCGCGACGAGGUCUCCGAAAUGCAUUCUUCGAGUUUUGACAAUAUUUACCACUUGAACCUGGUGCUGGUGCAAUUGCUCGUGGUUUUUAAAAACAUCUACACAACAGACAAGGAGAUCGAGGCACGGUUCGGCGAUUUCGAUAAGCUUCCGGAUAAACUGAACCUGUAUGUUCGGAUUCUGAUCUUCAUCUAUAACGAAUGCGCAAUCUUGAGCAAAACGUCGCCUCAGAUCAAGACAUGGAUACAGUUCAUCGAGGUUCUGUUCUGCUACUAUACCAGUUUGACGUACUACAACAAGAAUGAGCUUGGAAUCUCUUUGGGACUUGUCAAGUACGCACUUGCAAACAGCAUCGAACAGUCUGUGAUACGAUCCAAGCUGCAUAUCAAGGUGACUAGUUCCAACCUCAAGGAGAGAAAACUAUGGAAAAAGGACCUCAAUUUAUUGAAACAGUAUUCCCAGCCAACAUUCCCGCCCGCUUUCCACAAAAACUUGGUCAUGGUAGUGGGCUUCUUGCGGGUUCUCCAUGCAAAGUUUGACAAACUGAACAACAGCAUCAACUUCCAGACACUGGAAACGCCAGACUCAAUCGCGCAAAACUAUCUCUUCACAUCCAACAAUAUCCCAUCUGGACUACAGGUGCCUCUGGCUGACACUCGACCUUUUGUUCCGUCAUGUAUCGAAGCUAUGCUGUUGUCCUCAAAACAGACACGGAUCCCAUCCAGGGCUAAGCCGUGCGUGACUUGGAAUCCCUUGAUGUUCUUGUCGGGGAAGCUGACCAUGACGUCGCGGCCAUUAGACCCACCAUAUGGCUCGCUCUUGGUCAACGCCAACGAGCCACCUUGGACCAUCACCGGAGUGCUCAGUUCAGCCAGCAACUUGCGGAUGUCGCUGAUAUCCUUUUGA